AUGUUCGCCAUCGGGCUGAAAGACCACCUGGCGAUCGAGUUCUUCUCGCAGGUUUAUUGCUGGCUUCCCUCGCAUCUAACCGUGCGUGGCCUCGCUGAGGACCUUAUAUCAGCCCAGUAUGAUAGACAGAAGGCUGCUGGCAGCCUUGCUGGAGAUGACCUUUCGAUGUUGCUCGUGGCCCUUGGUUUCAGGCGGGCUGUCGUUGAUAGCUUCGUCGCAAGGAUCAAAGAUCGCGACAUCGUGCACCAUCGGGGCUUGAGGAACGUCGCCUUCGAUCUCAUCGACUGCGGCAUUCACCGUUGGGCCGCCGACUACUACGCGCGUUCAGACGAGCCCGAAGAUGGCGAGACCAAACCGAAAGGGUCAACUGGCCGCGGCGGCCGCGACCUGGGUGGCCGGAGCGGAGACAGGAAGGGCGGCGGCCGCGGCGACGGCCGUGGUCGUGGCCGUGGCCGUGGCCGCGGCCGCGGCGAUGACAGCGACAAUGAGGAAGGUGGGAGGACAAGAACCAACGCCGGGAAGGAGGAAGAGAAGGUCAUCACUCUCUACCACGGGACCACAGCCGGCUUUGCCGCGAACAUCUUUCACAACGGAAUCGACCUGAGCGAGGGACGCAAGAACACCGACUUCGCCAUCAAGAGGGCGUUCUACCUGGGCAACAACGAAGUGCGGGCAAAGAGAUGGGCGCGUGAUAAAGCCUCUCAAAGGCAGCAGAAUCCGGUGCCGGCCUACUUGGCCUUCACGGUGAACACGAGGAUGCUAGAGCGAUACGCACGGAAGGUGUUCGACGGACCUGAUGACGAGUGGAAACAAUUUGUCUUCCACAACAGAAACCCCAUCAACGAAACAGCCGCGGCGUCCAAGUUCGACUUCAUAAUUGGACCUCUGCUCGCGGGCCUGAACCCGGCGGCACGCCCUUACAACCCCAGUUUUUUUUGUCGCUCGCGCAACUAA